CCAUUGGUUCUCAUAGUACGUGCAUGAGUCGUCUCGUAAUCGUUAUCUCUCAUAGAAAAGAGUAGUGCAGAAGAAGAAACUUUACGAGAAUUCAGAAAAACGUGUUAAAUAUAUUCGACGGCGACUACUCCCUUCUCCCCUUGGUUGAUAUUCGGCGCUGAGCCGGUAGAAACCAAACAAAAACAUGGACGAAAGGCAGAUACCGUCAUUUCUCAUUGGGACGUCCUGCAGAUAUCGAUCGGUAAACAAAAUGUUAGGACUGUUCCUGCUUUUAACCAGUCUAAUUGCAUCGACUCUCUCUUUCAACGCCGAGUUAGCUGAACAAGAAUGCCCGGUCGACUGUCACUGUCACUAUUUCCGUAUCAACUGGGUGACCGAUUGCUCGGAAAGCAACCUGACCAGCAUCUCAUAUGGUGAACUCAGCCCAAACGUUUAUGUACUUGACAUGAAUGGCAAUAAUAUAAAACGCUUUGGACCAUUUCCACAUGGUAUUAAGCUGAGACGACUUCAGAUGGCACAUAAUCGACUUUCCCAACUCAAAUAUGAAUCUUUUGCUGGGCUGACAUAUCUCUUGGAUGCCGAUUUUUCUUUCAACGCCAUCACUCACGUCGAUUCAGAAGCUUUUAGGGACAGUGCAGGCUUGAUCACGUUGGAACUUCAGAACAACCCGAUAGCAACGGUGAAGGGUCCUUUCCUGAAUUGUCGGUCGCUUCUCUAUUUGGAUUUGAAUUCAUGCGGCAUUCGUAAACUGAAUAACCAAUUUUUUCACAACACGACGAACCUGAACAAACUCGAUCUAUCUCACAAUCCUCUACAAAGGAUAGAACCCGGCCCUUUCGACCACUUGACCAAUCUCGAGUAUCUCAAGUUGAACGGCUGCAACUUGACUCACUUAUCGCCCGAUACGUUUGCGCACUUGGAAAAUUUGCGAGAACUCGAGAUGCAGGAAAACGAUUUGCGAAUGUUAAGUUGGACUAACGUAUUAGCUCCGCUCAUUCGUUUGGAGAAUCUCGAUAUAAGGAAAACUUUGAUUACCAAUUUACCAGGCGAUGCUUUCGCUAAAAACUUGUAUCUUCGACAAUUGGUAUUGGCCGACAAUGAACUCUGGCAUUUGGACGUUGGCAAUACUCUUGGUCACAAUCUCCACAGCUUGCAAUCCUUGGAUUUGUCCAAUUGUAAUCUUCAGGAUCGCUUGUCCGAAGAGGCUUUCAAAAAUGCCAGUAAGCUUCGAGUAUUGAAUCUGAGCGGCAAUCCCAUGUUCGCAGCAGACCUAACUGUAGUCUUACGGCACUUACCUAAGCUUCACAAACUUUCUCUGAGCCAUUGUAACUUGCGUAAGUUGCCAACCGCUUUCGAGGUUUUCGAAAAUCUCGAAGAACUCGAUAUCUCUAACAAUCCACUUUCGGAUGCGUUCGUGAGUUUGUUGAAUCCAUUAAGCUCCUUAGAAUAUUUAGACAUGUCUUAUUGUAAUCUCGGUCACGUUGCAAACAAUACCUUCGCCCAAAUGACAUCGCUUAAAAAGCUAAUAUUGUCAGGAAAUAAGCUUCAUUCAUUGGAGGAAGGUUUGUUCGCUAAUUUGACGAGAUUGGAAAGUUUAGAGAUGAAUAAUUGUGACCUUCGCAAUCCUAUCGAUCUAAAGGUCUUCGGUGAUCACAACAUCACAAACGUGAUCGAAUUGAAACUCAGUGGUAAUCCACUUAGCAUCCCCGACGAUGGAGCCCUCCUGCCUGCGCAAUUAUCCAAUCUCGAAAUUCUUGACAUAAGUAAUUGUGAUCUUUCUCAAUUACAUCAGAACAUAUUCUCGAAGACUAAAAAAAUAACACGAUUAAAUCUUUCUGGCAAUGAAAUAUCCGGAACGGGGGAUUUGACUUGCUUGAGAAAACUAAGAUCAUUGGAAUAUUUAGAUGUCAGCAACAAUAAUUUACGUACCAUCAAUCCUAAGGUCUUUAGAUCAAAUCCAAAUCUUUUGUCGGUUAAUCUUUUAGGGAAUCCAUUCCUUUGUAAUUGCUCGAUCGUAGAAAUGUGGGACUGGGCUGAAAAAGUAAAGAACGAUCUUCAUGUACUAGUUGGUAGUCGGCCUGCCAACUUUGGAACAGGUGCUGAAAAACUUCGAAAGAGUUUAACUUGCACUUACGACGAAGAUACCUAUCGUACCAUCAUAGAUCAAAGUAAAUCGAUGGGUCGUAAGGGUGAUAUAACGCCAAGUCGUACGUGGGUGAAAUACAUUCGCGAAUCGAAUUGUCCUCGUCGUUCAUGAUAUACAAUGAAAACUCGGCAACAUCCUAUAUUGGGCCUGUUCUAUCAACGAACGUGUAAAACCAGGCUCGAACUCUAAACGUUCUAAUAAUUUUGAAUGUAUGUCGAUUGUAUGAAACUCAUAUUUCUGUUUAUUUUUAUUUUAUUUUAAUUUCUUUUUUCUUUUUAUUUCUUUUGUUUCUUUUUUUUUCUUUUUUUUUUUUUUUUUUUUUUUUUUUUUGUUUGUUUGUUAGUUUGUUUGUUAGUUCCUUCUUUUUUUCUUUCUCCAAGAGAAUUGAGCUGCGACGAACAAACAACGAGAAGGCAGAUAUUCUUUCUCGUACUAUCGAUCAAAACUUAUAUUGAAUAUUUUCUCAAAUUUGUAUUAUAUUUUUCUUUCGGAUUAACGAUUUGAAUUUUAUAUACUCUUGUGAAACGUUAUAUUAUCUGACAUUUAAAUUGAACAAUAGGUUUCUAAUAUAUAUAUAUAUAUACAAUGUAUGUAUAUAUAUAUAUGUAUACAUAAAUGUGUCUUACUUUAUCUCAAGGACUUCGAAACGUUAGACAUAUAAUUUACAUUAAAAGCAUAUUUCGAAGUUAAAAUGUUUUUUUUUUUUUUUUUUUUUUUUCUUCUCCUUUUACGAAGAAACGAUACAAUUUCAUGUUUUUUUUGUUCUUUCGCAAACGUACUUCUUGAAUCUUCGUUCGAUCGACGAUAAUUAUAUAAUAGUCUCGUAGAAACUAUUAUAGCGCUUUGUUCUCGAGAAAAAUCGAUCAUAAUCGUUAACUGCCAAGCGAGAAGUGUGCGAGUAAACAAAAUGAAUAAAAAAAAUCAAAAUAAUUAAUUGCUAUAUAAUAGGUAUGCGAAGUCGAUCGUAGGGGAAAUAAGUACUAAAAUUAGAUCUUAUUUAUAAGUUUAUUGAAAAAAAAAAAAAAAAAAUAUAUAUAUAUAUAUACUCUAUUAUUUAAUAAUUAUAUAGUUGAAAAGUUUGUCAGGAAAUGAAUUUAUCUCUCGUAGACUUUUUUUUGAAUUUUAAAUCUUAUAAUUAUUGUAUGAGAGAGAAAGAGGGAGAGUAAAA